AUGGAUGUCAAGGCAGCUGCCCAGGAGAGCAGCGUCCCAGCCUCCAACUCUACCACCUCAGAAGCUAUCUCUGAGCUGAGGUCCUGGAAGAAGAGGGGACAGAAGAGGAACAUAUGGACAGUCAAUCAUGUUGAGGGAACAAAACUCAGGAUGAACAAGAGGAGAAGACCCAGUUACCGUCCUGAAGACCAAGAAGCAUUCUACCGACUUCUGGAGGAUCCUGUGAUCCAGAGCUUCUUGGAAGCUGACAUUUUCCUCAAAGUAUCUGAUAAGUACCUGCUUUCCAUGGUGGUGGAGUACUUCGGCCGUGUCGGGCUGCCUGGACACCUAUAUAACAGGAUCCACUUCUUCCUGGCCCUCUACAUCGCCUCCGACAUGGAGGAGGACAACCCCACGUCCAAACGGAGCAUCUUCCAGUUCCUGCUGGGCAGGGAGCACUGGCCAGACCUCUACAAGGAGUUCCUGAAGUUGAAGGUGGAGUUCUUCCAUGCAAUGGGGCACCGAGCCUGGGUCACCCCAGAGUUGUGUGAGGAGAUCCAGGCCCAGAACCCACAUCACUGGGUCUGGAGUCGGGCACGCCAGUGUGCCCCCUAG